UUAUUAAAUUAUCUUAUAACUUGGUAUACAAACUUUCAUGGUAUCCUAGAUAAGAAACUUAGUAACAAAUUCAUUUGGUGUUAAUUUUUAGAUUUUUAUUAAUACUCUGUCUUGGUAUCCAAUAACUUGAUCAAAUCUCUAAUUUUCUCAAUUAUCCACCAAAAUGGCAUUGAGCAACAAUGUAAUAGGAGUCAUAAACUUCAUUGCAAUGCUCCUCUCAAUCCCAAUCAUAGGUGCUGGCAUUUGGCUAGCAACAUUACAAGCUGAAUCAUGUGUCCAAAUCCUACAAUGGCCAGUAAUCAUCUUAGGAAUUCUAAUCUUGAUUGUUGCUAUGGCUGGUUUCAUUGGAGCCUUUUGGAGAAUCCCAAUGCUUCUUAUAUUUUACCUCAUUGCAAUGAUUGUGCUCAUUGUAUUGUUGGUUUGUUUAGUGAUUUUUGUGUAUGUUGUGACACUUAGAGGACAUGGGAAUAUUGAACCAAAUAGGUCAUAUUUAGAAUAUGAUGUGGAUGAUUUUUCAAUUUGGCUUCGAAGAAGGGUGAGAAGCUCACAUAAGUGGGAUGGAAUAAAGAGUUGUCUUAGUUCAUCAAAUAUGUGUGCUGAGUUAAAUCAAAGUUACCGAUUGGCUCAGGACUUCUUUAAUGCACAUUUAACACCCUUACAGUCAGGUUGUUGUAAACCACCAACAAAAUGUGGUUACACAUUUGUGAACCCAACCUAUUGGAUUAGCCCAAUCAACACGAAUGGAGACAUGGAUUGCAUGAAAUGGAGCAAUGAACAAACACAACUUUGCUACAAUUGUGACUCAUGUAAAGCUGGUUUGUUAGCAACACUUAGGAUAGAUUGGAGAAGAGCCAAUGUGAUAUUGAUCGUUACAUUAGUUGCUUUAAUUGUUGUGUAUUUGAUUGGGUGCUUUGCCUUUAGGAAUGCCAAAACUGAGGAGCUCUUUAGGAAAUACAAGCAAGGCUACACUUAAAAAUUUCGUAUAAGUAUUAUAGACUUAAA